CUAAAAAGGGAGUUAUCUUUCUCUCUCAACUUUGAUGGCCAUGGAUAUCCCACAACAGUUCAACCAAUACAUGCAACAGAUUUCCAUAAAAAUCGUAGCUUCAGUGAUUAUUGGGUUGUUAGGGCAUGCAGCCCCUCGUAUUGUGGAUGUUUUGACCUACUUUUGGCCUCUUUUGGCUUCGACUGCAGUAUUAUUGUUGGAGCUGUGGUGUUCAAGCUGCAAAAGUAGCAGUAAAUGAAAAUGAAAGCUGCACAAAAUGGCAGCAAAGUGCAGAAAGCUAAGCUGCGCAGAGGCUGCAGAGCUGCCAAGGGACCAAGCAUGCUGUAGAGCUGCCAAAGGACGCAGCAAUCUUAUGCUCUGUUUUUCAUCUUCCUCUCGGUUCUCUCCAUUUCUUUGUUUUAAAAAAGAACAACAAUUAUUGGUGGAGAUGGUUGGCUUUGGUGGUCUCUCACAGCUUGCAACUGAAGGCCACGGUGAAAAGGUCGGUGAGGGACUUCUGAUGGACUAUGUUGCACCUUCCCGGACAGAGCACAUCACAGAGCUUCAGUAGCCAAGAUUGGGUUGUAUUUUUCUUACUCAUCUUUCAAAAACAUGAAAGUUAAUCCUGAAUAUAUAAUAAUAGUAAUUGCAGGGA